GAGGCUGCCUGGGGGGGCCGCUGUCCCCGCGCGAGGUCCUUCGGACCCUUGCAUCCCAGGGUGGCCCUCGGUUGAGCGAAGGAAGACCUUUGUGCAGGACGCUCGCUCUGAUGAAUCACCGCCUGGUGUGCAAAGUGCCUGUGGCACAGUCGCUGGGUGGAUCCUGUAGAGUGAUGUGCGGACCAUGGACAGAAGUAGAUGAGUUUGGGGUCUUGUUUUUGCUCCUCAAACAUCCUGACCUUCCAGGACCCAGGGCCCCCUCUGUUCUUUCUCCAUAUUGCUUGAUGGGAGGCAGGAUGGCCCCCAAAGACAUAAUGACCAACACGCAUGCUAAAUCCAUCCUCAACUCGAUGAACGCCCUCAGGAAGAGCAGCACCCUCUGCGACGUGACGCUGAGAGUGGAGCAGAAAGACUUCCCCGCCCACCGGAUCGUGCUGGCUGCCUGCAGCGACUACUUCUGCGCCAUGUUCACCAGCGAGCUUUCAGAGAAGGGGAAGCCUUACGUUGAUAUCCAGGGUCUGACGGCGUCCACCAUGGAGAUCCUGCUGGACUUCGUGUACACAGAGACGGUGCACGUGACGGUGGAGAACGUGCAGGAGUUGCUGCCCGCAGCCUGCCUGCUGCAGCUGAAAGGUGUGAAGCAAGCCUGCUGUGAGUUCUUGGAAAGUCAGUUGGACCCUUCUAACUGCCUGGGUAUCCGGGAUUUUGCUGAAACGCACAAUUGUGUUGACCUGAUGCAAGCAGCUGAGGUCUUUAGCCAGAAGCACUUUCCUGAAGUGGUGCAGCAUGAAGAGUUCAUCCUUCUAAGUCAGGGAGAGGUGGAGAAGCUCAUCAAGUGCGAUGAAAUCCAGGUGGAUUCCGAAGAGCCAGUCUUUGAGGCCGUCAUCAACUGGGUGAAGCACGCCAAGAAGGAGCGAGAAGAGUCCUUGCCCGACCUGCUACAGUAUGUGCGGAUGCCCCUUCUUACCCCUAGGUACAUCACAGAUGUCAUAGAUGCCGAGCCUUUCAUCCGCUGUAGUUUGCAGUGCAGGGACCUGGUUGAUGAAGCGAAGAAGUUUCAUCUGAGGCCUGAGCUGCGCAGUCAGAUGCAAGGGCCCAGGACAAGGGCUCGUCUGGGAGCCAAUGAGGUGCUUCUGGUGGUUGGGGGCUUCGGAAGCCAGCAGUCUCCCAUCGACGUGGUAGAAAAGUAUGACCCCAAGACUCAGGAGUGGAGCUUUUUGCCCAGCAUCACGCGGAAGAGACGCUACGUGGCCUCAGUGUCCCUCCACGACCGGAUCUACGUGGUCGGAGGCUAUGACGGCCGCUCCCGCCUCAGUUCCGUGGAGUGUCUGGACUACACGGCGGACGAGGACGGGGUCUGGUACUCGGUGGCUCCUAUGAACGUCCGCCGAGGCCUCGCGGGAGCUACCACCCUGGGAGAUAUGAUCUAUGUCUCUGGAGGCUUUGAUGGAAGCAGGCGUCACACCAGUAUGGAGCGGUACGACCCAAACAUUGACCAGUGGAGCAUGCUGGGAGACAUGCAGACAGCCCGGGAGGGUGCUGGCCUGGUAGUGGCCAGCGGAGUGAUCUACUGUCUAGGAGGAUAUGAUGGCUUGAAUAUCUUAAAUUCAGUUGAGAAAUACGACCCUCAUACAGGACACUGGACUAAUGUCACACCAAUGGCCACCAAGCGUUCUGGUGCUGGAGUAGCCCUGCUGAAUGACCAUAUUUAUGUGGUGGGGGGAUUUGAUGGUACAGCCCACCUUUCUUCUGUCGAAGCGUACAACAUUCGUACGGAUUCCUGGACAACUGUCACUAGUAUGACCACCCCACGAUGCUAUGUAGGGGCCACGGUGCUUCGGGGGAGGCUCUAUGCAAUCGCAGGGUGAGGAUUUAGACAGCAGGCCAGAGUCGUCAUCCAUCCAGGAUAUGACGGGAAUUCCCUGCUGAGCAGCAUUGAGUGCUAUGACCCCAUCAUCGACAGCUGGGAAGUCGUGACGUCCAUGGGAACCCAGCGCUGCGACGCUGGUGUGUGUGUCCUCCGAGAGAAGUGACCGCUGUUGGCGCUCCAGCCAGAGCCAGUGACUGGCCCGAGGGACAGUUGCGGAGAGUCAAGGAUCCUUUCCAGAAUGUCUGGUUCUCACUGUGUGAACAGGGUGGCUGCAGGCACCGGUGCCCUGAUGGUUGUGCUUAUUUGACACACACUCCCCCUCGUGCUGGUAGUGGACCCUCAGCAGGCGGGUGACAGAUGGUCAAGGGAAGACCGUGCACAGUGUGUGGCUGUGAGACCAGAUCACCUGACCCUCUGGUCUGGGGAGCGCUUUCUUGUCGCUUCUAACUUACCGUGUGCUUGGGAGAAUAUAUAUAUGUUGUGCCUCGGAUAUUGCAGAGUUGAGGUGCCUGUGGCCACCUAGACGUGGACAAUAUCCAGCCUGGGUGAUGGGAAGGAUACAGGCUUUCUUCCUCCAGAAGCAAGUAUCUUUGUAACCUACAGGUAGCUAGGGACAACAGAGUUCCACCCUGGAGGGAAGCAAAGGAGAGAACCCUGGCCAGACUGGGGGCCCCAGGAGAGAGGGAUCUGACACGCACUCAGCGCAGCAGGAUUGCUGGUUCAGAACUGAGUCAGACAGGGAAGUCAGCGGAGCUCAGUGGACUGGGUGUGAGCCCAGGACACCGCUGCGGAAGAACCGGGAAGCCUGACAAGGACGGAUGUUUUAGAAGGACCUUUUGCUUGCCGGGGUCUCUGUAGAGUGUUGUGCAUCUCAGCACUGGAAACAGUAACAGAGUGAACCCUUGUUGGGCUGAGAGGAGCUGGCGUCGACGUGGGAGUUUGGUGCACCUGGGGACCACUAGAGGUACCUGUGCUUUCACAGUCUUAGUCCCUGCCGGGCGCACCUGGCCACGCAGCGUUUGUCUCGAAUGGGUGGAGUAGGCCCUGCCAGGCUCUGACACUUCCACACUAUUUAUUUGGGGAGGGGCAGUAGCCUCGUUGUCCAGCAGCCGAUCACUGCCCCGUUCUCUUAAGGGCGCGCUUCUCCCAGGGAGUGGACUUUACUGCUGUGCUUGGUACAUUCACCUCUCCCUAGAGUGGACUUUAUUCAUCCCGGGACAAGGACAAGUUCCUUUCUUCGUUUCGGUACCUCUGUGGUCACCAUCUCAGAGCCGCCUUCCAAGGCUCGUCUGCGUCGUGCGGUGAAAUUCUUGCUUUAUGUAUUGUGAGUGUGGGAACGUGAAAACCUAAGCGAGGGAGCCCUUGCCCUCCGCUUUGCAGCUCCAUUUCCCCCCUCUUUUCCUGAGCUGUAUUGCCCUACAGAGUUUAUUUCCUUUGUAUUUUUUUAAGAAAACAUUAAAAAGCAACUGUGUCAAAUGA